UUGAACAAUCUUUCUCUUGUCUCUUCCCUCUCUCUUUGGUUAAUCGAUGGGUGUAAAGUAUUCUUCUGAUUUCAUAAUUGGAGAUGAAAUCGUCAGAUACGAGGGAUGAAAACAUGAGCUCCCAUUCUCCCACCUCUAAGGACACUUCUUAGAAUUCUUCUAUUUCAAAUCUUGACCUACUCAUAAGGAUGUGGAGAUUAUUGACAAACUUAAUAAUGUUUCAAGAGAGAUGCCUUUUCAGAGCCAGAAUGGAAGCAAUGAAUGCCAAAAUUUGUAUUUUAGCUCUGACAUUGAUGGCGAACUUGUUAAUUGUCAGGUGAUUUUCAUUGCAAUGGAUAUACCACUCAUGGGUCUGCCCAAAAUAAUCAAGGGAAGUUUGGAUAUUCGGAAUUGGGAAGAUGCUAUUAGAGCAAUAUUAUAUUCACCACCCGCUCAACCAAAAUAUGUGGCAAUUAAAUCCACUUUUCCAGUGGAUCAUAAAUCUCAUAUUGCUGAUAUCUUGCAUGGUUACGAUCAUUCUGAACAUCUUCAUGUCAUCGCGAUCCCCGAGUUCUUCUCAGUGGGCACAACCCUCGACGAUUUAACUAUCCUCCUAAAAUAGUGAUGGGUGGAUUUUUCAACGAUGAUCUAUUUACUCAAGAGCUAUUUAUAGAUUUGUAUGUGAGAUUGGUGCACAAUGCUAAUGAAAUAAUUGAGUACAUUACUUUAAAAUCUUCGGUGGAGAUUGGGAAAUGUUUAUCGAACGCAUCUAUUGCCGCUCAGUUGACUAUCAUGAAUAUCGGCUCAUCUAUAUGUGACAGAGUUGGGGCGAAUUUUAGAGAUGUUAAGAGCAUUAUUGAAAGUCACCCAAGAAUGAAUAAUCCUUUCUUUCACGAUUUGAGAUCGGGUCAUGGAGGAUUGGGAUUAUUCAAAGAUGUGGCUUAUCUAGCGUAUCUAUGCGAUUGUGUUGGUUUGGUUAAUGAGAAGAAGUUUUUCAUCAUGAUAAAUGAAAUGAGAAUCGCAAAAAUGGAUGAGUUUGUGCGGUAUAUUGCACAUUGCACAGGGUCUGGAAAGACCAUCACUAUAUAUAUGGGUUUUCAAACAAAGUUAAUACGGAUGAUGUUCGAGAGUCUCCUUCCCUCUAUAUUUCCCGAUCAUUAUUGGAAAAAGGUGUUCGAUGGGUCAUUUAUGAUCCUGUUGUGCCCACGAUUAAAAUCAAAGCAUACUUUCCUAGAAGUGUUCAAAAUAAAAUAGUAGUCGCAGAGACUCGAGAAGCUGCUUGGGAAGUGGAAGUGAUAGUAUUCAUGGUUAAGUGGCCCGAAUUUGAAAUAAUGUUGCAACAAGAGAAGGUUGCCAUGUUAGCAGGUAUGAUAGAGCCAAAAUUCAUCUUCGAUUGUUGUGAUCUAGUUUCGGAUGGGGAAGUAUUUGAACGUACCACUUUUUACAAACUUGGGAAGCCUACGUAGAGUUGCAAAUGCGAGGUAAUAUAUGUAAUGUUCUUAU